GGCGAAAGGGUUAAGGGGGGGAUUCAUAAAUAAAAGCUCAUAAGCGAUGCGAGCAUUGUGAAGGAAGGGAACAAUCGGUGGGUGGGGGCUGCGAUUCUGUAAGAAAGCACUCAAAAGCAGAGCACAAUUCAAAAGAGGACUAGAAAAGGAGUGUUGUGUGUCUGUGUAGAGAGGAGCAAAGGCAAAGGCAUGGAGCUGGGUCAGAUGCAGGGACGGUUGGCUGAGUUCACAAAGUCUUUGUAUAUGGAGGGGAUCUUGGAUGCUCAGUUUUUACAGCUUCAGCAACUUCAAGACGAGAGCAACCCAGACUUCGUUGUUGAAGUUGUGUCUCUUUUCUUUGAAGAUUCUGAGAAGCUACUCAAUGAUAUCGCCAGAGCUCUGGAUCAGCAAAGUGUAGAUUUCAAAAGGGUUGAUGCACAUGUUCACCAGUUGAAGGGAAGCAGUGCCAGCGUGGGUGCACAGAGAGUAAAAAAUGCCUGUGUUGCUUUCCGCAACUGCUGUGAGGAACAGAACGUUGAAGGGUGCCUGAGAUGUCUGCAACAAGUCAAACAAGAGCACUACCUUGUGAAGAACAAGCUUGAGACCCUAUUCAGGCUAGAGCAACAGAUUGUGGCAGCAGGUGGGUCAGUUCCUAUGGCAGAAAUGACUUUCUAACGCUACCAAAUUGCUGGGAGCUGCAAAGUUUAAUUGGGGGGUUUGUUGUAGAAUAGCGUUUAUAUCAGUUCAUGUGAACAACUUCUGUUGCUUUCAUGGUUCUCUUUAACUACUGGCCUAAUGCUUGUAUGAAUGAAAAGAGAGCUUUCCAUCUGGUGCCAUUUCUCAUUAUGAAACUGGGAGAUCAGUGUCUCUCUUUAAUUCAAUGUGUUAUCGUUUUUUACUGAAUAUGACGUUUGUUUGAAAA